UAUUAUGCUUUACAGCAAAGAAAACAACAGCUUGACAAUCAUAGCAUGCUUUAAGCAAAAAAAAAAAAAAUCCCUUUCGAAUGAACACCAAAGAAGAGUGAAAAACUUGAGGAGGAAGGAGUGAUGGAGUUAAAGCCUCUACGUUUCCUAACACAGCAGUCUUUCUUCGCAGCCGUUCGAUCUGGGGAGCUCGAAUCCGUGAAGCAAUUAUUGGAUAAGUUGACGAAAGAUGAACCGCGUGAUGGGUCAUCGACGGUUUCUGAUCUGAUGUCUGCUCAAAAUGAAUCCGGAGCCACCGGUUUGUAUAUUGCCGCCGAGAACAAUUCCCAGGAGAUUUUCAUCUAUUUGCUCAAGUUUUGUGAUGUGGAGAUUGUUAAGAUCAGGUCUAAGUCUGAUAUGAAUACUUUUCAUGUUGCUGCCAAAUUAGGACAUUUGGGCAUAGUUAAGGAACUUUUGGGGGUAUGGCCGGAGCUUUGCGAGAUAUGCGACUCCACGAAUACAAGCCCCCUUUACUCGGCAGCUGUUAAAGGUCACUUGGGUGUGGUAAACGCAAUAUUGAGUGCCGAUGCCAGCUGCAUAAGGAUCGUGCGGAAAAACGGAAAGAUGGCAUUGCAUACGGCUGCUAGGUAUGGCCUUAUUGAUAUAGUAAAAACUCUAAUCGAUUGCAAUCAAGGUAUUGUCAGCGUCACCGAUAAGAAAGGCCAAACUGCACUCCAUAUGGCUGUCAAGGGUCAGUGUCCGGUGGUAGUUGAUGAUAUAUUGCUUGCUGAUCCCUCCGUUCUGAACGAACGGGACAAAAAGGGGAACACGGCAUUGCAUAUAGCUACAAGGAAAUCUCGCCUGCAGAAUGUGAGCUUGUUGCUAACUUAUAGAUCUAUCUAUGUCAACGCUGUAAAUAAUCAGCAAGAAACUGCGAUGGAUUUGGCAGAUAAACUCCAGUAUGGAGAAUCAUCACUCGAAAUUAAAGAAGCUCUAACGGAGGCCGGUGCUAAGCAUGCUAGGUAUAUCGGUCAAGUAGAUGAAGCAGUGGAACUUAAGAGGACAGUGAGUGAUAUUAAGCACGAGGUGCACUCGCAGUUUAUACAAAAUGAGAAAACAAACCGAAGGGUUUCUGGUAUAGCCAAAGAACUUAGGAAACUUCACAGAGAAGCAGUUCAGAACACCACGAAUUCUGUCACUGUCGUAGCCGUGCUCUUUGCGUCGAUAGCUUUCUUGGCUAUCUUCAACUUGCCUGGUCAAUACAUAAGCGAUGGACCAGAUACAGGGAAGGCUAACAUAGCUGAUCACGUUGGUUUCAAGGUUUUCUGCCUCCUGAACACUACAUCCCUCUUCAUAUCACUUGCCGUUGUCGUUGUUCAGAUCACGUUGGUUGCAUGGGACACAACCGCUCAGAAACAGGUCGUUUCAGUGGUUAACAAGCUGAUGUGGGCCGCUUGUGCUUGCACCUGUGGAGCAUUUUUAUCAAUUGCUUUCGAGGUUGUGGGAAAAGGUAGUUCAUGGAUGGCUAUUACUAUAACCACCGUAGGAGCACCGAUUCUGGUUGGAACUCUGGCCAGCAUGUGCUAUUUUGUUUUCCGGCAACGUUUCAGGUUUUUACGGAGCGACUCUCAGAGACGAAUAAAACGAGCGAGUGGGAGUAAGUCUUUCUCGUGGUCAUACUCUGCAAAUAUAUCAGAUGAUGAUGAUUAUAACUCUGAUCUUGAGAAGAUAUAUGCUUUAUAAAUACUAAUUGUACAGCAAUGAAUAGCUAAUACGGGAUAAACCGGAAUGAACCGAUUCGUAGGACCGAACUUCCCGGUUACCUUAUGGAUGAAAUAAGAGUAGUGAACAGAGUAAUGAUUCCCUCGAACCAAACGUGAUGUAAAUGGCAGAUGAUAUGUACGUGUUAUAGAUUA